AUGGAUGUUUUAACAUCCAAUGAAGAUUUAGAGAAAAUUAAAUUAUAUGAUUUAACCGUUGAAAUAAUAGGAUACGUUGAUGGUAUUGAAGCUCCAAGAUAUGUAGGAGAUAAACACCAAUAUAAAGUAUUUAAAUUUUUCCUAAAUAACGGAUCGGGGAAACGUGUCCAAGUUAUAUCUUGGAAUGACGAAAUUGACCGGGUGGAAUCUCACAUAAAAUCAAAUUAUAUUAUUCAUUUAGACGGUGCACAUUCUCGUCCACCAAAAACAGCUCAAUUUAAUAAUGGAAAUGUUAAUUAUGAAUUACAAAUCUCAUCAAGUACCCGAAUUUCAUGUUUAGGAAAAUAUAAAUUUGAAAACACAUUAAAUCUGCCAGAACUGGAAGAAGUUAAUUUUUCGGAAAUUUUAAAUACAACAACAAGAGUCAGUAAGUUUGUCAGGUUUAUCAAUUUAUUAUAUAAAUAAAGAAAGUC